CGUCAGGCCGUUUGUUGUCAUUGGCGGCACCCAAGAUGGCGUCCAUCGUGGAAGGGCCGCUGAGCAAAUGGACUAACGUGAUGAAGGGAUGGCAGUAUCGUUGGUUCGUGCUGGACUACAAUGCAGGGCUGCUCUCCUACUACACGUCCAAGGACAAAAUGAUGAGAGGCUCUCGAAGAGGAUGCGUUAGACUCAGAGGAGCUGUGAUUGGUAUAGACGACGAGGACGACAGCACCUUCACAAUCACUGUCGAUCAGAAAACCUUCCACUUCCAGGCUCGAGAUGCAGACGAGCGAGAGAAGUGGAUCCAUGCCUUAGAAGAAACUAUUCUUCGCCAUACUCUUCAGCUUCAAAUCAGUACCACACUUGCUUUUUUCCAGUCUUCUGGUAUCUCUCCAGUUCUUGAAUUUUCAAAAAUAAUUGGUUUGGAUUCAGGAUUCAUCCCCAGUGUCCAAGACUUUGAUAAGAAACUUACCGAGGCUGACGCGUACCUGCAGAUCUUGAUAGAACAAUUAAAGCUUUUUGAUGACAAGCUUCAAAAUUGUAAAGAUGAUGAACAGAGAAAGAAAGUUGAAACUCUCAAAGACACAACAAAUAGCAUGGUAGAAUCAAUUAAACACUGCAUUGUGUUGCUACAGAUUGCUAAAGACCAGAGUAAUGCGGAGCAGCACGCAGAUGGAAUUAUAAGUACUAUUAAUCCUGUAGAUGCAAUAUACCAGCCUAGUCCCUUGGAACCUGUGAUCAGCACAAUGCCUUCCCAGACUGCCUUACCUCCAGAACCCGCUCAGUUGUGUAAGUCAGAGCAGCGUCCAUCUUCCUUACCUGUUGGACCUGUGUUAGCUACCUUGGGACAUCAUCAGACUCCAACACCAAAUAGCACAGGCAGUGGGAACUCACCACCUAGCAGCAGUCUGACUCCUCCCAGCCAUGUCAACUUGUCUCCAAAUACAGUCCCAGAGUUCUCUUACUCUAGCAGUGAAGAUGAGUUCUAUGAUGCUGAUGAAUUCCAUCAAAGUGGCUCGUCCCCAAAGCGCUUAAUAGAUUCUUCUGGAUCUGCCUCAGUCUUGACACACAGCAGCUCCGGAAAUAGCUUAAAACGCCCAGAUACCACAGAGUCUCUGAAUUCCUCCAUGUCCAAUGGCACAAGCGAUGCUGAUCUUUUUGACUCACAUGACGACAGAGAUGAUGAUGGGGAGGCGGGGUCAGUGGAGGAGCACAAGAGCGUUAUCAUGCACCUCUUAUCACAAGUCAGGCUGGGGAUGGACCUCACAAAGGUAGUUCUUCCAACAUUUAUUCUCGAGAGAAGAUCUCUGUUAGAAAUGUACGCAGACUUUUUCGCACAUCCAGACCUGUUCGUGAGCAUUAGUGAUCAGAAGGAUCCCAGGGAUCGAAUGGUUCAGGUUGUGAAAUGGUACCUCUCGGCCUUCCAUGCAGGAAGGAGAGGAUCGGUGGCCAAAAAGCCGUACAAUCCUAUUUUGGGUGAGAUCUUUCAGUGUCACUGGACGUUGCCGAAUGAUACUGAAGAGAACGCAGAGCUCGUUUCAGAAGGGCCGGUUCCCUGGGUUUCUAAGAACAGUGUAACAUUUGUGGCUGAGCAAGUUUCCCAUCAUCCGCCCAUUUCAGCCUUUUAUGCUGAGUGUUUUAACAAGAAGAUACAAUUCAAUGCUCAUAUCUGGACUAAAUCAAAAUUCCUUGGGAUGUCAAUUGGGGUACACAACAUAGGUCAGGGCUGUGUCUCGUGUCUGGAGUACGAUGAGCACUACAUUCUCACGUUCCCCAAUGGCUAUGGAAGGUCUAUCCUGACAGUGCCCUGGGUGGAAUUAGGAGGAGAAUGCAAUAUCAACUGCUCCAAAACGGGUUACAGCGCAAACAUCGUCUUCCACACUAAGCCUUUCUAUGGGGGCAAGAAGCACAGAAUUACUGCAGAGAUUUUUUCUCCGAAUGACAAGAAAUCCUUCUGCUCAAUUGAAGGGGAAUGGAAUGGUAUCAUGUAUGCAAAAUACGCAACAGGGGAAAACACUGUCUUUGUAGACACCAAGAAGUUGCCUAUAAUCAAGAAAAAGGUGAGGAAGCUGGAAGAUCAGAAUGAGUAUGAGUCCCGCAGCCUUUGGAAGGAUGUCACUUUCAAUUUAAAAAUCAGAGACAUUGAUGCAGCAACGGAAGCAAAGCACAGACUUGAAGAAAGACAAAGAGCAGAAGCCCGAGAAAGGAAGGAGAAGGAAAUUCAGUGGGAGACGAGGCUCUUUCACGAAGAUGGAGAAUGCUGGGUUUACGAUGAGCCUUUACUGAAGCGUCUUGGUGCUGUGAAGCAUUAGGCUGACAACCGAGUUCACACCUGGUGACCAGGGCAGUAGGCGUAAUUAAGCAACAAUCGAUCUUCCUUCAGGAGAGCCUGUCACUUCCUUCUUAACGCAGUGGUUCCUAUCUCAGGGAUACUGGACUUGACGACACAGAUGAACAAUUAAAGUGGAAACCGCUUCCCUUUUCUCCUCUGUGGCAGUUACAAUUUUGACUUCAGGCCUGAGAAAAACUUCAGGUUUCGAAACAUGACAUCUCUUCCUUUUCCAGAUCCCAUGCUUUGAAAAAUAUUUAUAGACAGUUCCAGGUCU